AGUUUUCAGUGCGAUAUCUCCUGCCCGUCCUACAAGAAUCUUGGUCAAGCGACACCUCAUUUAACCCUUGGCUUUUUGAAAGAAGUGAUGUUUAUCAGUAUCCGCUACCUCUUGAUUUUCUUGAUUUUGGCUUGCGGAGUUUUCAAUAUCGCCAACGGAAGAAGACCCAGAAGAAUUCGAAGAGUCAAAAGGCAUUGCGCUUCUUUCGACAUUGGUGGCGUUAAAGUGAGAAGAUGCGGAUGGUAUUGAUAAAGUUGCAGAACCUAAUGACAUUCCAACACCACAUAUUGGUCAUAACAUGCAAAGUUGAUAAAUUUUUAAUAAAACUCGACGACGAAGAGGUGCUCACAAGACAACCUUGGUUUGUAACCAUAGUUGAACAUCGCAUUUUCUUGGUUAACCACAUUACGAUAGAGGGC